GUUUUGGUCCUUUGGCAUUCCUGAUUGAAGAGUGCAUUUCUGAGACCUGUGCCUUUCCCUAAGCCAAUAACUUAAAAAUCCUUUGGUGUCUAUGUUUAUGUUCUGGGUAGAUUUUACUCUGUUGUCUCCUGCAUCAGAAUUGGUAAGGGAUUCAAAGGUUGCAUUUACUAUUCUUUUCUGCCAGAAUCUUCUCAUGUAAGAGCCCUGAGUGCUGUGACCAACCCAAGCGUCUACAAUAUCUUUGCAGUUAUUGAUCGCACUGUCUUUGCUCUUAUUAGAGAAAUUCCUGGUAGGACCUAAAUAUGCCCUCUUCGGAUAUGUCUGGAUGUUUGUAUCAGAAGUACCAUGCACUGGAUGCAGGGCUCAGAUCACUGAUGGAAAUAAAAGAAGAAAGACAUGUGCUCCACAAAAAUGACAAAGAGAUCCAGAAAUGCCUUUGGUAUGUUUGGAAGACUUUAAGGCAUAUGCACGCCAGCAGCUGUCUAAAUCAUACUGGGACUAUAUUGAAGGAGAAGCUGACGAGGGCAUCACCCGAAAUGACAACAUUGCAGCAUUUAAAAGAAUCCGCCUCCGUCCACGAUACCUGAGGGAUGUGUCAAAUGUAGAUACCAGGACCACAAUCCAAGGGCAGGAGAUCAGUGCCCCCAUUUGCAUUUCACCCUCAGCUUAUCACUCUAUUGCCUGGUCGGAUGGAGAAAGGAGCACAGCCAGAGCUGCACAGGAGGUCAACAUCUGCUACAUCACCAGCACUUACACCAGCUGUACCCUGGAGGACAUCGUUGCUGCUGCCCCAGGAGGCUUACGGUGGUUCCAGCUCAGUGUGCAGACAGAUUGGGAGCUCAACAAACGGCUGGUUCAGAAGGCAGAAGCCUUGGGUUUCAAAGCUUUGGUGAUCACUGUAGAUGCACCUGUAAUUGGCAAUAGGAGACAGAACAUGCGAAACCAACUGAAUAUGGAAGCAAAAAUAAUGCUGAAGGACCUCCGAUCACCUGAAGAAAGAAAUUCCACAAUUACUGCUUCGCCAAGUACAUCUUUCUGCUGGGAUGAUCUCUCCGUGUUUCAGACUAUGACUCGGUUGCCCAUUAUCCUCAAAGGGAUUUUGACAAAAGAAGAUGCAGAGUUAGCAGUGAAGCACAAUGUCCAAGGCAUCUAUGUUUCCAACCAUGGUGGGAGGCAGCUCGACGGGGUUCCUGCUUCAAUUGAUGCUCUGACAGAAGUGGUGGCUGCUGUCAAAGGGAAAAUUGAAGUGUAUAUGGAUGGUGGGGUGCGAACCGGCAGUGAUGUGUUGAAGGCCCUGGCCCUUGGGGCGAGGUGCAUUUUCCUUGGGAGACCAAUCCUUUGGGCCCUUACCUGCAAGGGUGAACACGGUGUUAAGGAAGUUUUAAAUAUUUUAAAAGCAGAGUUACACACCUCUAUGGCCCUUUCAGGCUGCCGGUCAGUCGCUGAGAUCAGUUCAGACCUUAUUCAGUUCUACAGAGUAUAAGGACCUGCUGAGACUUCCUACAGAAGAUGUGGUGUGCAAUACUGUUCUUCUUGGGCCCCAUCCUAUCUAGUGGUUUGAGCCCUGUAGCCUCAAAAUUAGAGAGGGAUGGAGAAAAUGCAUCUAACAGCUCCCACAGAGUGCAUUUGGAUGAACGAAUAACAUCUAAUGUCCUACAGGAUAACUAUAGUGGACAACAAUUAAUUGACUAUGGUAAAUAGCCACAUUUCACAAAGAAAAAAUAUAGUUGUGACUGAUGUGACACACCAGUUACGUUCAUCUGAUGAUUAUAUACAUUAUUCAUUAUGAAAUGUUAUACUGUACCAUAAAUAAUUGCAAUUACUAUCUACCAAUUAAAAUAACAACAUAUGUUUAAAAAGAAAUAGGGAUAGGUUACCCUAAUUUACUCAUUCCCUCCUGGAAGAAAAAUUGGAAAUAUUUUAAAAUUUUAAUCAUUAUAGUGAAAGCCUGAAACAUGAAACAGCAGAGAGCUAAUGAAGUUUUGAAUUAUCCAAUGUCUGACACAGGAUGUUACAGGAAAUUUUGUCUAUAGCCUAAUGUACAUUGUUGAUAGAAGCUGACCUUCAAAAAAGAACAAAAGAAAGAUUUUGAAGCUAAUUUUCAAGAAUAUAUGACUAAAAUAAAAUUAACUAUUCCAGUCUUUAAUAAUACAUGAAAAAGAAGAUAUCUUUAUUCUGCUUAUAUUCAUUUUACUAAAUAAAUGUACGCCUUUUCAAAAAAUUUUACAGAGUUAAACUAAAUGUAAAGCUACCAGAAUUCUCCAAGAAUGCUUUCAUGCAAACUCACACAUGAAAAAAAAAAACAGCCCCUCAUCCCCAUUUCCAAGAGUAUUUGACCACACCUAGACGGACUUUACUGAUUUUUAGCUUGUUCUACAGCCUCUGGACUGCUUUGAUCGCUCUGUAGAUCCAUGUUUCUAUAUCACAGAAUUCUGUGUCAGGCAUGUUGUAUUUCCAUAUCCCUCCAAUUAUACACCGAUAGCCAUAGUCCCCCCAUGCUUAUCACUUUAGAAAUGAAAUGUGAAUGCCUCGGUACUCAUUGGCCUCUGUGAUUGUCACAGUUAGCUUCAGCUGUCAACUUGGCACAAACCUAAAGUCACUUGAGAAGAGGGAACCCUAACAGAAGAACCCCCUUCCUCAGUAUGGCCUGGAGCUGGGUCUUGGAAGAAUUCUCUCAAUUACUAAUUGACAGAGGGCCUGGCCUACUGGGUACAGAGCAAUCCCGGGGCAGGCAGGCCAAGGGCCAAGUGAACCUUUACCCACAGGCUCCUUAUAGCUUGACUUGUUCCUGUUCCCCUUCAUUGAUGGCUAUGCUUUGAAAUUCCUCCAACUUCCUUGGUAGAAGCCACACCUACGCAAUAACUUCAAACUGGCACAACACAGAGAAUCUCUUCAGCCUUAAACUCAGCAGCUGAGGUUUGAUUGAGCUAUUGUAGAUGUGUUUGUUUCAAGAGUGAAACAAACCAGAACAGCCCAAGGUAUAGUAGGCAAAGAGAUAGAUGGAUUAUUUUGUUUAAAAAUAUACAUUCUCCCUGAAUACAUUUCUUGAGUGAUAGCUCUGCCUUUUCUGGAUCUUGGUCCUAAGGUAACAGUCAAGCUGCCUUUUGUUCUAGGCUCCAACAGAUAGAUGUGCAAUUCUAAAGGAAGAAACCAAGGCUGGUACAUAAAGAUAACACCAACUGAGUGUUCACUGCUGCUCAAAAUCAUGUGCAUAAGCUUGCACACUGAUCCAGAGUGUAAUCGUUUCAUGUGGGAAAGACACAGACAACCAUACUAAUUUAGGCAGUUAAGAGCAUUGGAUUUGGCCAGUGACCAAGAGGAGGCAAUUGUCUCAGUCUCUUGACACUGAAGCUCAUGGGUAUAGCAUGUUUAAAAGCAAAUCCCACAAUCACAUCAAUGUUAUAUGAGGGACAGAGGAAGCUUGCAGAACAUUUGUUUAGUCAUGACAUAAUACUUAUUUUGGACAUAACAUGGCAAUUUUUUUCAACUAAAAUCAUUUUUAUUGUUUUUAAACAGGAAUUAUUUUGAUGAACACAUCUGAGCUGGGUUUAUGGCUAUAGAAAUCUCAAAGUGUUGCCAAGGCAGACAUGAUUGUUGUGGGGCAGAGGGCUGAGACGUUCUGAAGCAGGUACAAAAUGAAGUCAGGACAACGCAGCAUUACCUUAGUCACUUCAAAAUAAAUGCUUAUUAAAUCGCAGAAAGAAAUGUUACGAAACUUAAAAGUAUCCUGUGUUACAAUAUGACCUUGUAUAAUGUAGACAAAAGACAGAAGAAGACAGAAGCAGGUGCUUCUCCAAUGGAAGUAUGGAGAUAGAAAAUAGUCCCAUAGAAAGAUGCUCAACACCAUGCAUAUUAAGGAACUACAAAUUUAAACAACAGGACACAACUAUAUAGCUACUGGGAUAUCAAAGUCAAACCAACGCCAAAUGUUAGCAAGGAUAUACAUUACCAAUGAGCAUAAAAACAGUAUAGAUACUUUGUAAGACAGUUUGUGAGUUUGCCACAAAACUAAACACCUUCACUGGAUAAACUGCCAACUGUGAGUUAUGGUGUUUACCCAGAUGUAUUUACAUCUGUGGCCACAUACGUAGAACACAACUGCAUGGGCAUCUUUACAGGAACUCCAUUCACAAUUGCCCAAACUUGGUGUGCAGUUCUUCUUCCAUGAUGUUCUUCAGUAGUUUUUAAAUAGAUGUGGGACAUCCAGACAUUAUUCAUUUCCUAGGGGGGAAAUGCUACCAAACCAUGAAAAGACAAAGAGGAACCUUUAAAUAUAUGUCAGUCUGUGAACGAAACCUGCCAUGUAUAGUUGCAUAUUGUCUUGACUUCUUUUUUCUGUCCAUUUUCUUUUCAUUUUUUUGUUUUAAAUUUUAUUCUACCUUGUCUCUCAGAAAGAAAGAACUAAAUAUUAUAUGUUCCAGUGAGCCCCAGACUGAGAAAUAGCACAAUCUGAACACAAUUUUAGGACUUUUGAGUAUUGUGUGUGUGUGUGUGUGUGUAUGUGUGUGUGUGUGUUUGUUGUAUGUGUGAACGUGUGUGAGCGUGUAUGUUGUAUGUGUGUUGUGUGUGAUGUGUAUAUGUGAGUGAGUGUGUGUGUGAUGUGCACACAUGUGGUCAACAUUGCUGUCUUUCUCUACUGCUUUCUACCUUAUUUAUUUGAGAUAGAGUCUCUCACUGGGCCUAGAUUGCACUGAUUCCCCUAGAUUGACUAGGGAGGAGCCCCUGGGAUUCACCUGGCUCUGUUCCUAUGUCAAUAUAAUAAAAGAAGGAAGGAAGGAGAAAUGAGAAACAAGAAGAUGGACAGAGAAAAUUGAAUAAGAAAAGCUGGAAAUUAAAGAUGGCUUUUUUUUCCAGUUACACAUUUAUGUCAACUAAAAAAAAAGAGAAAUGUAAUCUAAUUUGUAAUUUGGUUGUUUGAUGGUGGAGGAAGAUUUAUGUGAAUCUAGUUGAACAGUUUUUGUGAAGCUCACUAUAUUUCAAAGUACAAGAUGUCAUUUAAAAAAGUUGCAUAUUGUAAGAUUGUAAACAUAUGAUUGUAAACAUAAGAUUGUAAACAUAUGAAGCAAAACCAUGGAGACAGAGGGUCAGUGCAGGUUCACUGACGAAACAAAUGCAUUCUUUCAGUUCAGGAUACUGGUGGAAGGGGGCUGUGCAUUUAUGGGAUAUGUAGCUCUGUUAAUCCUGUACUUCCUGCUCAGUUUUGCUCUGAAACCCAAAUGGUUCUUUUGAAUAAUUUAUGUAAAUAUUAAUUCCCACUGGGGGAAUGUAGCUCAGUGGUAGAACAUUUGAUCAUUAUGGAUGAGCUUCUGGGGUCAAUCCCAAAUAACAGAGGAAAAUGGGUUACACAUCUAUGUGCAAUACAUAAAAGUAAGUGCUAAAUAUAUUAGAGUUCUUAUGUCAAGAUUCUAUGGACAAAAAGGAUCAAAUGACUCUUGAUAUGCUAAAAAAUUGGUUUUAUGUAUGUGAGGGACUGUAUGCAUGAAUGUUUUUACCAUGUGUCUGUGUGCGUGCAUUUGUGUGUGUGUGUGUUGCAUCCAGAAGCCAGGAAGGGUCUUUGUUGGAUGCCCUAGAGCUGAAGUUAUUGACAAUUGUGAGUGACCAUAUGGGCCUUGAGGACUAAACACAAAUUGUCUGCAAGAACAGUAAGUGCUCUUAAACACAGACCCACUUCCGUCCUUCUUAGAUUGAUCUUAACAAUCCACUCCUUAUUUUUUUUUUUUUUUUUUUUGGUCAGAGACAAACUUGCUCAAUUUAGAACUCCACAGAAUACUGUCUUUCUUUUCAUAUCUUCAUCAAUACCUAAUCACUUCAAUAUUUGUAAAACUAGCCAUGUUUCUUGAGAACCGAAUUUGAACUAAAUUCAGUGAAUGCUUAAUGUACAUUUUAACUCUAAAGAAAUCCUCCUAAAGGGAAGGUACAUGGCUGGGAGACAUGACAAUUUACCUUCUUUUCAAAAGAGUGGAGUUAAAAGAAAUAGAUUUUGGCAUAAAGUGAUCAUACAGUGAGGUUGUUGUUGUUUUGUUUUGUUUUUAAUUUCUUGCAAUGUACAAUUCAAGGUUAUUUAUAAUUACUUAAUAGUAAGAAUAUGAGAAAAUCACCUAAAUCUUCAACAAUAAAUAAAAAAAAAUAUUUGUAGUAUA